UAGCGAGAGUUACUCGAGCCAAAAGUAAACCAACGAAUCUCCUCGCUUAACGCGCUUUCUCCUUCGAUUCUCAAUCUCUAAUCCGAAGGAGGGCGAAACCCUAACCCUAAGGGGAGGCUGAAACCGUAGCUUUGAUCAGCUGGGGCGGCGAUUUCAUUCUCCUGUCGAAAGUGCUGAGUUCCCUAUAGGAUCAAUCAUGGUAGCUACCGCAGCUACAGCGGCCUUCUUUCCAGUUCUAUCAUCCUCUUCCUCAUCAUCCUCAUCAUCAACAUCACCAGCGACUAAACCGUCUUCAGUCUCUUUUGGUCCCAAGCCAGCAUCAUCUAACGGUAGUUUACAGGUCAAGGCAAAUGCGCAAGUUGCCACCAAGAACAAUGACACCAAGGUUGGACUGAAAACCGACCCUUCAAAGAUCGGGAAUGACUCACCUUCUUUGGGCCCCAGGACGUUCUACAACCAAUUACCAGACUGGAGUGUUCUCCUUGCUGCCAUCACCACCAUCUUCUUGGCUGCUGAGAAACAAUGGACUCUCCUUGAUUGGAAACCCAAGAGGCCUGACAUGAUUUCUGAUGCUUUUGGUCUUGGGAAGCUUAUUGAGAACGGACUUGUUUACAGGCAGAACUUUUAUAUUAGGUCGUAUGAGAUUGGGGCGGAUAAGACUGCAUCUAUAGAGACUUUAAUGAAUCAUUUACAGGAAACAGCCUUAAACCAUGCGUCGUGUGUUGGGCUCAUGGGAGAUGGAUUUGGUUCCACUCCAGAAAUGAGUAAAAGAAAUCUAAUCUGGGUUGUCACCAAAAUGCAGGUUUCUGUUGAAUGUUAUCCCUCUUGGGGAGAUGUCAUUGAAGUAGAUACUUGGGUUAGUUCUGCCGGGAAGAAUGGCAUGCGCCGGGAUUGGUAUGUUCACAACCGUCAAACGGGGCAAACUAUCAUGAGAGCCACCAGUAAUUGGGUGAUGAUGAACAAACAAACCAGGAAGCUGUCCAAGUUCCCUGAGGAAGUUAGAACUGAAAUACAGUCCUAUUUUAUGGAACGGGGUCCUGUUAUCCAUGAGGACAAUGGGAGACUUCCUAAACUCAACGAUAAUGCUGCAGAUCAUGUUCUUAGGGGUCUAAUGCCUCGAUGGAGUGAUUUGGAUGUCAAUCAGCAUGUCAACAAUGUUAAAUAUAUUGGGUGGAUCCUUGAGGGUGCUCCAAUCUCCAUCUUUGAGAAUAGCGAGCUUGCGAGCAUGACACUGGAGUACAGGAGAGAGUGCGGAAGAGGCAGUGUGCUUCAGUCCCUCACCGCAGUCUCAACUGACUGCACCGAUGGUUCAUCAGAAACCUCCAUUGAGUGCCAGCAUCUGCUGCGCCUAGAGACCGGGCCUGAGAUUGUCAGGGGCCGAACUGAGUGGAGGCCCAAGAACAGACCGGUUAUCGUUUCAGCUGGGAGACCGUGAAUGAGUACCCCUUUGCUCUCCUGUACAAUACGUCGAUGCUGAUAUAUUUUUUAUUAUAUUGAUUUUAUUUCUUUUUUUUUGUUUUUAGCUGUAGUACAUAUUGGAUUGAUUUUUCUUUGAAAGAUUGGCUUUCGUUUCGGAGCCACCCCAUGUAACAAAAUGCUUGUUCAACAGUAAAAGUUUGAUGUUAUUAUGAUGAAUUGGGCAAUAGUUAAAUA